AAAAAAAAAAAAAAAAAAAAAGCGAAAGGCACACAGCCUCCUCCAAAAUAAAACCCUAACUCCAUCAUAUCUACGGCUCUGUUUGCUUCACCUCGUCCUCGCAGCUCAAAAAAUGGCACCUAAGAAGGCUGUUGGGAAAGUUUUGGCAAAAAAGAAGCAGGAGAAGGUGGUGAACCCGCUAUUUGAGAAGCGUCCGAAGCAGUUUGGAAUCGGUGGGGCAUUGCCGCCUAAGAGGGAUCUCACACGCUUUGUCAAAUGGCCCAAAGUUGUUCAAAUUCAAAGGAAGAAGAGGAUUCUGAAGCAGAGGCUCAAGGUUCCACCAGCUUUGAAUCAGUUCACCAAGACCCUUGACAAGAAUCUUGCAAUGAACCUGUUCAAGAUGCUUUUGAAGUAUAGGCCAGAGGAUAAAACACAGAAAAGGGAGCGUCUUUUGAAAAGAGCUCAGGAAGAGGCCGAAGGCAAAACACACGAUGCCAAAAAGCCUAUUGUUGUUAAAUAUGGUCUCAAUCAUGUUACCUACCUCAUUGAGCAGGUUAACUUUUAUCCCAUACAUGUGAAAAAGUUUCACUCUUUUCAACUGCAAUAUUGUCUGCAAUCAGAUACACUUGCUUUAUCUUUAACAUCCAUGUAUUACAUACUUUAUUUUCAGAACAAGGCACAACUGGUUGUGAUUGCACACGAUGUGGAUCCGAUUGAGUUGGUUGUAUGGCUCCCAGCUCUGUGCAGGAAGAUGGAAAUUCCAUAUUGCAUUGUGAAGGGAAAAGCACGAUUGGGAGCGAUUGUUCACAAAAAGACUGCUUCAGUUUUGUGUUUGACAACAGUGAAGAAUGAAGAUAAGAUGGAGUUUAGCAGGAUUUUGGAAGCCAUUAAGGCUAAUUUCAACGACAAGUACGACGAGUACAGGAAGAAGUGGGGUGGUGGAAUCAUGGGAUCCAAGUCCCAGGCUAAAACUAAGGCAAAGGAGAAAUUACUCGCUAAAGAAGCCGCCCAAAGGAUGUCUUAGGAAUUCACAGAUCAACAUUAGAGCAAAGGACAAAGGAGAAGCUUCUAGCUGAGCAGAGGAUGUCAAAGUAUGGCUUAGGAUUCGGUAAUGAGCUUUUGUCUAACUUGAGUCAUUUUUCUUUGAUACAAAGCAGAUUCUUAAGGGGCUUGUCAUUUUUCUUUUCAGCUUUAAGUUUAUUGGAUUAAGAAAUUUUAAUUUGUUCUACGAGUUCUACAUCAUAUUCAAAGCAGGACAUUUUGGAGUUAUUCUGUUUGGAUGCCACUUUUCUUGUAUAAGUUGGGUUAUAUGGACUAUUUGCCUGUUCCCUCAAUUGAA